UGUAUCAAGUUUGGGUGGAGCGCUCUGCACUCUGUUAGUGCGCUCUUCGCAGCAGAUUUCUUCUUUUUUUUUUUCCUUUUUUUGUUAAAUCUGGUGUUUGGGCCACCAUGGCGAAGAAUGGCAAGAUGUUAGGGGUUCCUGUUGGUCACAUGAGCCAGGCAGUGUCAGAUGGAGAGCUGAACAUGACUGCGCGGGGCUGUGGAGGCAGCAGCACCAGCCUCCCAGGAACUCCGGGCGGAGACACUGGCCCUGCCAACAGCGUGCUGAGCUGGGCUGUCUCAUUCGAGAAGCUGUUGGAGGAUCCCAGUGGGGUCAGUUACUUUACGGCCUUUCUGAAGUCAGAAGUGAGUGCCGAGAAUAUUUUAUUCUGGCAGGUUUGUGAAAAGUUCAGGAAGAUUCCAGCCACCUCCAUGGAUAAGCUGAAAGCAGAAGCUCGCUCCAUCUACAACACCUAUCUGUCCAACAACGCACCGUACUGUGUCAAUAUUGAUGACACUGCCAAGAUAAAUGGGGAGGAUCUGGAGCGGCCCACACCUGACAUGUUUAAAAAAGCUCAGGCACAGAUAUUUAAGCUGAUGAAGAUGGACAGCUACAGGCGCUUUGUGCGCUCCCCGCUCUACCAGGGCUGCACCUUGGCAAUUGUAGAAGGGAAACUUCUACCUCAGCUCUCUACAGAGCCUGCCCGGAUGGGCUCCUUGGAGGAUGUGGUCACCAGAAGCCCUUCAAGCGACAAGAAGAACAAGAAGUCAGACUGUAACAACACAACAGGUGGAAAGAGUGUCUUAGACAAACAGCGAAGGAAGAGAGGAUCUUGGGGAGAUGCAUCGUACAUCCAGGAUUUAAGCCCUCUGAGAGAACCCCUCAUGUCUUUCAAAUCGACCAGCAGUGUGGAGCUUGGCUCCCUCUGCAGGCAGUUUGAGAAUGGCUUGCCGAAUCCCUGCCCCGCUGAGCAGGGUGGUGGGAGUCGUAUAGGAGUGGAGGGGGGCUACUGCUGCGUCUACCUGCCAGACGGCAGUGCCUCCUUGGCCCCAACACGCAAUGGCCAACUGAUCAAAGACAUGCUGGCCAACCUGUGUGAGAAGAGAGGUUUCCCCCUGAAGGAUGUCGUCAUUUACCUUCAUGGCAAGGACAAGCAGCCCUUAUCGCUGGACCAGGACUGCUCUGUGCUGAGAGAUCAGCAGGUCUCUCUUGAACUCAGGGUGACGUUUAGACUGGAGAUUGUCUUCAUUGGUAAGACGGUGGGGAUCGUGGCGAAGUCCAGUAAGACGCUGCAGGACGCUCUCUCGGCGGUGUUGCAGAAGCACCACCUCAAGCCACAAGAGGUCACAGUCACCAUGGUCGAGCGUGAUGAGCCAGUAAGCAUGAGCAGCUCUGUGUACAGACUGGCAAAUAAAACGCUACGACUUGACAAAACCAAAGGUAAAGAGCAGAUCAUGAUCCCCAGAGGCAGUGGGUCCCCUGUUUUCACACAGGCGAGAGUGGUGAGUGCAAGUCCAGGGGCUCAAUCUUCGCUGUCAACGGAUGGAGCCAAAGUGCAGCUCAGACCCAGAAAGAACCGUGAAAUGGACGGGUUUCUGGAAAUGCUGACGCGAGCUCAGUGCUGCAGGGUUGAUGACCAGCGGGGCCUUCUGACCAAAGACCAACUGGAGGUUCCUCAGUUCCUGCAGGUGUCCUCAGACCAGGGACAGGACGCAGACGACCCCAGUACAACCAGCUCUUCCACUACCGACUGCAAAGUAGAGUCAGAUGAUGGGACAGUAACCCCUCGUUCAGCCAGAGUGUUUGAGGACAGUCCCAACUCGGCUGAAUCAGAACCCAAGGACAUGAGGGAGACAACAGUCUGAUGGACAUUCAUAUGUAAUGGGGACAGAGACCCCCCCUCCCCCAGAAAACAUAUGAUGUUAAACACGGAAGCGUAUACUUCAAAUGCACUUUUUGAAAAAUAAAAAUAACAACCUGCUACCGAAUAAGCUUCAGGACAGUCGUUUUCUAUAGUUUCUGCUGCUGAUGUCUUUUUUUAAUUUUAUUUUUUUAAUUAUCUAAAAAAAACUUCAGGGCAAACAUUCAGUGCACUACUUGUCCUGUAUGGAGGAAAAAUGUCAAACAUUUUUUGAAGACACCCUCAAAUUAAUGAACAGUUUUAUCUCAAAAUCGCCCUGAAACCUGUUUCUCGUAGCCUUAUCAUCCCAUGUUUUCAUGUGAACUCUAAGCUAGCCUGUCCAGAUGUGUUUUUGCAUGAUUGUUUAAGUUCUUUUGGUUUUUUCAAGUGUUUGUGUUCUUAGAAGUGUGUUUUGAUUGUAAUUUGCUGUGUUGUGAAGUUUUCUGAUUUUUCUUGUCGCGUCAUAGCUCAUCUCGGGCUACACAUAUUUAAUUGGUGAUAGGAUAUUGUGGGGGAUGAAUCAGUGUUAUACUGGGAAAAAAAAAAAUCCUUAGGGUCGUCCAGAGAGUUAGCUUGUUUUAAGCAAUGAAAUGUUAUCCUUUCUGUCAGUAUAUGAUUGGACUGUAUUGUAUCUGGCUGAACUAAUGGCUGGAUGAGUCAUGCAGGAUAAAAUAAAUCUGCUCUGUCUGGGUGUGUGAACUGCUUAAUUGCAUUUGGUUAUCUUUUGGCUUGUAUUGAACGU